UGCAUAUCUGUAAUAGUCUCAAUAGUGCACAUAUCUUCUCUGUCAUAGUUAAUAUACACGCUACACGAUAUAUAACUUGUGUUGUCGUAUAUCUUUUAGUUCAUUUCAUGACACGUUCUACACUAUCAAGAAAGUAUAUAUUCAUCACGUGAUGUAUUUGUAAUCCCACCCUUUUAAUUUUUCCUUUAUUUUCUCGUCAUACCUAUCCCAGUUUCAACGAUCUUUAUAAAACUUCAUCGUGACAUAUUUCACGCAUGUUGUACAAAAACGAGUCGUGCCGUUUUUGCUUCUCUACGAUUUAUUCCUUUUGUGAUUGAUUGCGUCUUUUUUUUUUUUUGGAUAUUUUAUUUUUUGUUUCGUAGCAAUGAAGUGUUUGAACUCGAUAUGGUGAUGUUGGUGGUUCGACGUCGCUUUAUUAUGAUAUUAUUCUUGUUGUUGGAUCAGUAUGUUGAAUGUUUAAACGUUGACGAAAUGGUGUAAAAAAUGUCGAUUUACGAUAAUACAGGGAAAAACUUAGACGGAAUGUGGCCAUUGAAUGCGCCAGCUGUCAAUCAAAAUACAUUAUUAUUCAACAUUAGGUCGCCCAAGAGCAGUUCAAAGUUUGGCAAAUUGGACAAUUUGAAAACGGAAAUAGAAACUAUCGGGAUGUCGGAACCAGUAGCAUUUUCUGCUAAUUCGUUUAAUCCAAAGACUGACAGCUUACACGCAUCCAUGAGACCAAUCAUCAUGUUGGCGCAAUUCUUUUCUUUAUUCCCUGUGUCGGGGGUUAAUAGUCCCGAUGCGUCGUAUCUUAGAUUCACUUGGCGCAGCCCGAAAUUUAUAUAUUGCACGAUAUCAUUUCUGAGUUCAUCGAUAAUGACGAUUUUUAAUGUUUUAAGAAUUAUUACAACUGGGAUAAGUUCAAUAAAAAUGACCACAUUCGUUUUCAACGGAACGAAUUUGAUCGCAUCUUUCUUGUUUUUAAAAUUGGCUAUGCGAUGGCCCUGCUUGAUGGUAACUUGGGAAAAACUUGAGAAAGAGCUUUCACAGAGGCAUAGAAAAAUUUCCAAAAUCAGUUUGUCCAUGAAAUUCAAAAUCGUGACUAUAAUAGUAAUGACGUUUGCAUUAGUUGAGCACAGUUUAUCGAUAAUUCACGGUUAUUUCAAAGCGAAAGAAUGCAUUGACUUUCAUGAAGAGCAGAGUAUUCUUGGUGUGUAUUUUCAGAUGCAAUUUCCACAGAUAUUUUCUAGAACUUCAUACAGUUUAUGGAAGGGAAUAUUGGUAGAUAUCAUUAAUAUCCUCAGUACAUUUUCAUGGAAUUUUGUGGAUUUGUUUCUCAUUCUUAUCAGCAUCGCUCUAACCGAUCAAUUUCGACAAUUAAACAGCCGCUUGUAUUCUGUAAGAGGAAAGUAUCAUUUCAUUGUUAAGGCAAUGCCGGAAUGGUGGUGGGCCGAAGCAAGGAGUGAUUACAAUCAUUUGGCAACUUUAACGAGACAACUGGACUCACAUAUUUCCAUUAUGGUUCUCCUAUCUUUUGCCACGGACUUGUAUUUCAUCUGCAUACAACUACUUUUCUCUUUCAACCCGAUGCGAGGUAUUAUCGAGAAAAUCUAUUUCGGAUUCUCCUUUGGAUUCCUUUUGGCUAGAACAACAGUAGUCUCGCUGUGUGCUGCGACGAUUCACGAUGAAUCUUUACUUCCGGCACCGAUUCUCUACAGUGUUUCCAGUAGCAGUUUCUCCACAGAAGUAAUGAGAUUUUUGUCACAAGUAACGACAGAUAAUAUCUGUUUAACCGGUAUGAAAUUCUUCUCAGUAACUAGAAGUCUCGUAUUGACUGUAGCAGGUACCAUAGUUACAUACGAAUUAGUUCUAGUUCAGUUUAAUACUACUCAGCAAACUGAUGCGUCGAACGCUACAAUUGUAUGCGAGUUGGUCUCGUUGGAUUCUCUAUCCUCUUAACAUCCUUAUGAAGAAAAAAAUAUCUUUCUUUUUCCACUUAGUGUUAUAUAUACAUAUAUAAUAACAGAUUUUAUAUACUUUUAAUUAGAUACUUG